GCAAAAAAUGUAGCCGGCUGCAACGGCCGGUGCCGUAAAGUGAGGCUCAAGUUGCGCGACAGCCGGGAAGGUCCCUUCCUUGAGGUGGCUUGGCUCCGGGCGAAGAUGGCGGCGGGAGAGGUGAAGUCGGUGCUGUUCGUGUGCCUGGGAAACAUUUGUCGCUCUCCAAUAGCUGAAGCAGUUUUUAGAAAACUUGUAACUGAUGAAAAAGUUGAAAAUAAGUGGAGGAUAGACAGUGCAGCGACAUCUGCCUAUGAAAUAGGAAGCCCUCCUGACUAUCGAGGACAGUCUUGCAUGAAGAAGCAUGGCAUUACCAUGAAUCAUAUUGCCAGGCAGGUUACUAAAGAUGAUUUCCAGACCUUUGAUUACAUACUUUGUAUGGAUGAGAGCAAUCUAAGAGAUCUGAAAAGGAAAAGCAACCAAGUUCAAAAUUGCAAGGCCAAAAUUGAAUUACUUGGAACUUACGAUCCACAGAAACAACUUAUCAUUGAAGAUCCGUACUAUGGGAAUGAAAAGGACUUUGAAACUGUUUACGAGCAGUGUGUUAGAUGCUGUAAAGCAUUUUUGGAGAAGCCUCAUUAAUGCUUCAUCAUUUUAUUUCUAAAAUAAAAUAAUUAGCUUCUCCUGGAAUAUGUAAAGUUUACUUGAUUGAUGUAUUUAAACUGUAAUUACGCCUCUGUAGGUUGAAAAGUUUUUCAGUUUAAUUUUAUAUUGUAGCUUUUCUGUCACCUAAUUAAAAAUAUAGAAAGGUUUUAAUUUGACUAGAUGAUCAACUAUUUUGUCACACAUCAAAGUAAUAAUAGAUUUAUUCUGAAUGAUAUAUUUUAUCUGUAAACUCUUCCAGUGCUUUCUCACAAGCACUGCAGAAGUAAUGUCUUGCUUCUUUUUAUGCUAUAGUAACUAAACUGAGAUCUUCUCAUUGUGCCCUUAGUGAGUUAAUUUAAAUCAACUUUCAAUGGGAGUCUGCAACAUAAUAGGUCAUGUGUGGUAAGUUGGGCAUGUCAUCCUGGUGUCAUCAGGCAGCCUUUGGGCAGAAACUGGUUGGCAUUGAGCCUGCCCCCAGACAGACAUUGCUAUUAGCACUAUUUCAAAGCUUAAGCAAGCAAACCUCUAUGUGUGUCAUCAGGAGCCUGUGAAAAUGGGGUUUUAUAUCAGUUUAAAUGUUCAAUUAUUGAAAGAAGAAAUAAUUUUUGUUCUAGUAGAUUUUUAUAGUAGUUAAGGUGAACUCAAGUUCAGAAAUAGUGAUUUACAUAAAUAGGACUUCUCUGGGUAGCCUUGGUCUUGUGGUCAGUUCCCAGCACGCUGGUACAAGUACAUGUAACGUAGCAUUUACUUUGAGGACAAAACAGGUCAGCUUAAAAGUCUAGAUGUGAGAUAUACAUUGUGUAUCUCCUAGUAAUAUACUCAAAUCCAUGCAAUGGAUUGCCUGUCAAAAGUGUUCUCUGAGACUAUAGUUCAACAUGAAGACAGGCCAUCUGUAAUAUAAUAUGAAGUUAAUGGAAGGCCGGGAAGUAGAAGGUUCUGCUUUUGGACAAAAAUUGGAUGCUUUGUAAAAAUCCAUGCCUGUUUGUCUGAACAUCACCUUUCAUUUCUGCCUUAGAAAUGUCAUUGUACUGAGAUCAAUAAUGUCACUGAUACCAUGAUGAUUCUCAUAUUUUGAAUAAUACCACCAUUGGUAUGGACUAGUAUUACUAUAUUAUCUGUAAAACUGGACCUGUACAACUUGUUUUCUUAUUUAUUUAGCCUUGAUUUUGCCUCUGUUUGCCUUCCAGACUAGUUGAGUAGCCUCUAUAUUUGUUACCCACUCUCCCUUCUGGGAGAGGGAUGCAUUUUGGUAGAGGACCCUGUUACUCCUGGGAAGGGAGGAAUCCUGGUGUCAUGGUGCAUGUGCUGCAGCCUUGCACGAUGGGGACUCUUGCUGUAGGACAGAUGUGUUUGUAUUAAUGAAGUUUCCAUUUUGUGCUAAAAUUUCAAUCAGAUAUAAAACUUAAGAACCUGCUUUAAAAAAGGCAAGUGGUAGAUGGAACACUUAAAAUAGAGGAAUUAGGGUCUUAGUGCAUUAUCGCAGUACCAAUAGUUUUGACUGUAAAAGAACAAAGUUGGAAUUUGCCAGUUAAUAGCAGUUUCACUUCAGGGACAAAGAGUAAUAUGUAUAAUACUUCAGGUCAGAUCAAGCACUGACUCUGGCAAAAAAACCACAUCCAUUUCUUUUAUGAAUGCUUUAACAAACUAAAUGAGGGGCAGUUAGGGACAAACCAUCUUAAAUGUGGUUUUAUGGACUAACCUCAGAAGUGGAAGUAUUUAGGUGUAAUCUAAUGUUAUUCUCUGACAGAGCGACCAUUUAAAAUAUUCCAGUGAAAGCAAAAUAACUCAGGAGAUUGAGAGCACUAUUGUUUGAGCUUUCCCAUUCAUGGCUGAGUAGGAGUUGAACACAUGAUUUCCUACGUAUUAAAGUCAAGAUUUAAGAGUCUUAAAUCCUUAUCUUUGAGCUGCUGGAGUAACAGAAAGGAGAUUAAAGGGGUAUUGUUGUUUACCUUCACUAGGCUUAGGACUCUUCCUGUAAAGUGAUACUAAGUCAAAACUAUUCGUGUUAAAAUCAGUUCAGAUUUUAAAAGUUUCAGCCCUGAGGUGUAUUUUCAGCAAGUAAUCUAUUGGCUAAAUAAUUUACCAGCUCUACUAGAAGGAAAAAGCUGAUGAGUUGAUUUCAUCUUUAAUGAGCUUCUUUUGGAGGAGGGGAAGGAGAGCACCAUGGUAUUUUAAAGGAAUUUGUAGAAUACAAGGAUAUAGAACAGGAAUUGCCUUCAGGAAGGACAGUUGCACAGUACCAUUGUUUGGGUUCCAAGAGAAACAGGGAACAUAGGAUUAAUAUGCAAAUUGUGCAUCAUACAGAUGACUGAGCUCUUACAGGUUUAACAUACCACUCAUGAAAAA